AAUUACUCCCUCCCUAACCGCAUGCACAGAGCCAGCAUUGGUUCUGUAGCGCUCGCAGUGGUGCUCACUCAUGUACCGCAACGCAGUGAGACAUUUUACCUUUUGCUAUAGCCUUUUCCACAACGGAGAAUAUGUGCAUUUUCCAUGGAAACAUGCGUUUUUGACACUUUUACUAACUUUUGUAAAUCUUCAGUUGGACCCCUUUACCCUGAGAGAAAUAUGCCGGAGCGUAUCAACAUUUCGGAGUUUGUUGCUCUGACAAACGAGGACUUGGCUUCACCGGCUACCUCGAGUUUUCAGUCCAAAAUGAGUGAAUGUCGGAACACCGUUUCGGCAGUCGAAGAGUCCUUAGAGAUGGACCAGAGCACCUUACAGAGGAUGAAGAAGAUGAUCAAGGCCAUCCACAGCUCUGGACUAAGUCAUGUGGAGAACAAGGAGCAGUACAUCGAGGUGCUGGAGAACCUGGGGAACAGUCACCUGACCCAGGACAACAACGAGGUGUCCACAGGAUUCCUCAACAUGGCCGUCUUCACCAGGGAGGUCACCUCUCUCUUCAAGAACCUGGUCCAGAAUCUGAACAAUAUAAUAUCCUUUCCCUUGGAGAAUGUCUUGAAGAGUGAGCUUAGAGACAGCAGACUGGAGUUGAAGAAACAGUUGGAGAAGAGCUGGAAGGACUAUGACAUCAAAGUUGGGAAGCUGGAGAAGGAGAGGAGGGAGAAGAGCCGUCAGCCAGGCCUGAUCAGGAUGGAGGGAUCCGACGUGACGGAGGACAUGGAACGAGAGAGGAGGACCUUCCAGCUGCAGAUGUGUGAGUAUCUACUGAAGAUCCAGGAGCUGAGGGUACGUCAGGGUCCAGACCUGCUCCAGAGUCUCAUCAAGUACUUCCAGGCCCAGCUCAAUUUUUUCCAGGACGGCUUGAAAGCUGCCGAGAACCUUAGUCCCUUUGUGGAGAAGCUGGCUACAUCGGUGCACAUGGUGCGUCAGGACCAGGAUGAAGAGGUGAGACAGCUCUCUCAGCUACGAGACUCCCUAAGACUGCUGCUACAGAUGGAGGGGAAAGAGGAGUACCUGACCAGAAAGAACUCUGGUAACGGCUACAGCAUCCACCAGCCUCAAGGCAACAAGAAGUACGGUACGGAGAAGUCAGGCUUCCUACAGAAGAGGAGUGACGGGAUUAGGAAGGUGUGGCAGAAGAGGAAGUGUGGUGUCAAGUACGGCUGUCUGACCAUCUCCCACAGCACGAUCAACCGACCACCGGCGAAGCUCAACCUCCUGACCUGUCAGGUGCGCCCCAACCCCGAUGAGAGGAGGACCUUUGACCUGGUCACACAUAAUCGGACGUACCAUUUCCAAGCUGAGGACGAGCAGGAAUGCAUGAUUUGGGUGUCGGUGCUGCAGAACAGUAAAGAGGAAGCCCUGAACACAGUGUUGGGAGGGGACCAGCCGCAGUUCCAGGACUCCGGGCUGCAGGAGCUGGCCAGGGCAGUCAUCACCGAGCUCAGACACAUGCCCGGCAACGAGGCCUGCGCCGACUGUGGAGCCCACGACCCCACGUGGCUCUCCACUAACCUGGGCAUCCUGACGUGUAUAGAGUGUUCUGGGAUCCACAGGGAGUUGGGAGUCCACUACUCCAGGAUCCAGUCCCUCACACUGGACAUGCUCAGCACCUCCGAACUACUACUGGCAGUCAGUAUAGGCAACACCCGCUUCAAUGACAUCAUGGAGGCCAAUCUUCCCAAUGAUUCCAUCAAACCCCUCCCCCAGAGUGACAUGAAUGCCAGGAAGGAGUAUAUCGUGGCCAAGUACGUGGACCGGCGCUACGUGCUGCACAGGGACCGGGAGGACGGUGAGCCGUGGCGUGUGUACGAUGCCGUGAGGAGCCGGGACCUGACCGCUCUGUUGCACCUGUACGCCCAGGGAGAGGACCUGGCCAAGCCGCUAGCACUGCCUGAGGGACAGCAUCUGAGAGAGACAGCUCUUCACUUGGCUGUGAGACUGGAGGAGAGGAGCUCUCUAUCCCUGGUGGACUUCCUCAUACAGAACAGUGUCUGUCUGGAGAAGAGGACUCUAGAGGGGAACACUGCUCUACAUUACAGCGCCCAGCACCACAAAACUGAGUGCCUCAAACUGCUGCUCAAAGGAAAGGCUGUCCUCCACACAGUGAACUCAUCCGGAGAGACGGCUCUGGACAUCGCCAGGAGACUGCAGCAUUCCCAGUGUGUGGAACUGCUAGAGCUGGCCCAGAGUGGGAAGUUCAACAGUCAGAUCCAUGUGGAGUACAUGUGGGAGACACAGAGCCAGGACCUGUACGACAGCGAAGAUGACCUGGAUGAGAGGGUGAACCCCUUACACAGGAACCUACGCUCCCCUCUGCCCUCCAAAGCCUCGCCCUCCCGCUGGAGCUUCGCCAACGCCCCCGUGGCGUGUAAGACCUAUGAAAACGUGGACUUCCUUUACCGUAACCCCCCCAAUAGUGCUCCAUCUGGCGUCCUCAUGCCCCCGCCCCCUCUGCCCGCUAAAGCCAUCAUGAGAGGUCGCUCGGACCCCCAGAUCUCCUUGUCCACCCAGGAGGGGGUAAGCAGCAGGUGCAGCUGCUCCAUCCCAACCCCCCAGUCCAGCCCCCCCUCCCCCAUGAUGGAGGGUCAGGGGGGACGACCACCCAAAUCACCCCACGGCCAGGGCAUCCUGGUGAGGGGGCAGAGACAGACCGCAGCCUGGGAGGGUCAGGCCAAUACUGGGUCAGGGUCCUCAGACAGAGACAGCACCAAGUCUAACAGUAGUUCCAGCUCCCCUCAGAACCACAUAGGACCUGUCAGCUCAGAGAAAACAACAUCGUACAGGCGGACCAGCAGCGGAGGACAAGGGAAGUGUUCUGCAGCCGUGACCUCGGCCGUGACCUCGGCUGUGACCUCACCCAGCUGUGUGGCGCUGGGCAGCCAGGAGGAGCUGUACUGCAGCGUGGUACCUACUGGUCCCGCUCCCAGCGUCACACCUGCGGCCAAAUCCACCUCCUCCUCCUCUCCGAUCACUGUGCGCCCUCGCAGAAACGCUAUGGUAGGACACGCAACAUGACCUUACCACUAAUACUGU